CAACCAUGGCGCAGGCGGUGCAGCUUUUAUGAAGGGAUGCAAAUGGCUAUGACCUCAGUACUGUAGGCACUUACGCCUUCUUUGCUUCUGCCUCCGCCUCAGGCUCUGUGUGCGCAAUGUAGCUAGCUUUAAUGUCCUCUGCGGCACACUCGCCAUGAACCCUGUGAUCGCUCUUUCUUCUUCUCAUGUCCGCCGUGACCUCCUCUCCGCCCUUUCCCCUCUUCACCGCAGCCUCGCCUCCUCACACUUUUCAUUGCCAAACACUUAAUUUGAUCUCUCUCUCUCUCUCACCGUAACAGAGCUAUAUAUGUAGAUCCAUACACCCACACACAGAGAAAGACACACAAACAUAUAUCAUCAGACGAAAUGGGAGCUCAUUCUCUCCGCCUUCCCCUUCUCACGCUCACAUUCAUCUUCCUCGUCGCACUCACAGACGUCGCCACGGCGGCCAGAGACAUCGGCCAGCUUCGUUCAGUCAGGAGAAGCGGCGUCGGGGACGGAGCUGCUGGAAAGAAGCUCGAGACGCUGCAGGUGGCCGGGUCGAGCUUGCCGGACUGCUCCCACGCGUGCGGGUCGUGCACGCCGUGCAAUUUGGUGAUGGUGAGCUUCGUCUGCGCGACGCUGCAGGAGGCAGAGACGUGCCCCAUGGCCUACAAGUGCAUGUGCAAGAGCAAGUCCUACCCUGUUCCUUGAUAACCUUUCGAAUCAUAUCCGCUUAGGAGUUUUUGAUACGUCUUAGGAUAUUGUAAACCGAUCGAGUGACCCAAUUAGUUGUAUGACAUUGUUUUCACCCCUUUUUUUUUUUUAAGUUAGUGUAGGGUUAGAAGUUAGUUGUAUUAGAGAUUAGUGACGAGAGAAUGUUUCAAACCUUG